AUGGAUCCAUUUACAACACAUUCCAGGCGAGGUUCGGAGUGUACUAACUGUCAUUAUGAAUUUACAUUCUUUACUCUAGCCUUUAUUCUCUAUCGAACUGAUCUUUAUCGUUUGAUAAAGAUAGGAUAAAAAAGUUAAAAAACAAUAAAAUAAAUUAAUUUGAAAAUAUUUUUAUAUAAAAAUUUUCUCCAUGUAAAUUAUUUUAGCGAUAGCCACAAAAGAUAGAGCAUACAAUAUAUUAGCAAAUAUAUGAAAAUCUCAUUUAAAUACCAUAGGAACGAUUAAUUCUAUUAUAUCUAAAUUCAUUAUCAUCAAAGAUAGCUAGUUAGAUAAAGGGAUGGGCUGGGGAAUGGGUUUCAUGCUUGACUAUAUAAAAACCGUCAAGAUUGGUUAAUUUUCCUAAUAAUAAAAAAUUUAAGAUCUGUUGCACGUAUUUCUUACUGUGCAGGGCAUGUGGGAAAUUUCCACACAUACCAAAAAAUAUUCCAUAUGUAAAGCCUGCACUUAUGGAAGACUUCACAUGUGAAAAUUUUUUUGACAUGUGAGGAAAUUUCCUGCAUGCCUUGCACAUUAAAUAAUAUGUCAACAGAUUAUAAAUGGAAUCGCUUAAUCAAUAGUGGGGUUAGUAAAAAGCGAAAAUGCAAAGUUUGCAGUAGAAUAUAAUUAGAAAAAAUUUUUUGUCGGAGGUGUAGUCUUACUGUAAAGCACAAUGUGCUCUGGCCCUUUAAAUCUUAUCAAUUUUGUUCUCCUUGCUAUCAGUGCAGAAGACAAGAAGGCCACCUCUCUUAUAACUGCAGGGUAUCUCCUGAGCCUAAUGGAGAUAUGGAGAGCCAGCUAGUUCGUCUUGAUACAGAUUCACCUUGCCUAGAAGAAUCAGAUGAUGAAAAUCUAGCAGAUUUGAUUUCAUCAAAGCAGUAUAAGCGCCUAAUGAAAAGUAAAAUAAAGCUUUCACUUAAAGACCCUCUAUCAGAGUAUGUAAUUACUUCUCAGAUUGGCGAUGGUGGAUCGGGAUCAGUCUUCAGGGCAACCCAUAAGAAGACUGGCAGGGAAGUGGCUCUGAAAAGGGUAAAAGUGACAGCUAAAGAGCAGAAAAACCAAAUUUUAAAUGAGAUUGGACUGCUUCAAAUUUCUAACUCGCCCCUCUGUUAGCGAACAAAAAAACUUGUUCGCCCAUAAAUUUUUUUUCAAAAUUUAAAAAAAUCCAAUUCACAAAAAUUUGAAAGCAGAUAUUAAUUUAAUUUAUUAAAUUUAUGUUUAAAAACGCAAUUUAUUUAAAAUUAAACAGAAUUAGCUAGAAAUUUUAUUAUAUUAAUUAUCACUUAUAAUAAUUAUUUUUAUAAAAAAUUUUUGCUCGCUCUGGAGGGUUGGUGUUGGGCAAAAAAUAAGGAUUUUUCUAAUGGUUUUGUUUGCUCACAGAGGGGGGGAGUAAGCAUGAAAACAUCAUUGAAUGCUAUAAAGCAUUUGAGCAUAAAAAGUAAUUUCCAAUUAGUGAAAUCUGGGUCGCCUUAGAGUGUAUGAAGUGCAACUUAACUGCUCUAAUAAAAGAAAACUACGGGAAAAUUCCAGAAAAUAUUAUUGCUUAUAUAUGCGGAGAAAUUUUAAAGGGCUUAUCAUGGCUGCAUCAAGAGCAUCGAAUUCAUCGAGAUAUCAAGUCUGAUAAUGUAUUAUUAUCUUCAGACGUAUUUUAUAUUUAGGGCUAUGUGAAGCUGAAUGACUUUGGAUUUAGUGUGCAAUUGACCUCAGAUAACUCAUCAAGAACUACAAUAGUUGGAACUCCUUAUUGGAUGGCUCCAGAAGUAGCCGAGGGAAAGCAUUAUGAUAUGAAAUGUGAUAUAUGGUCUCUUGGCAUUUUAGCCAUUGAGAUUGCUCAAGGUGACCCUCCUUUCAUAAAUGAAUCUCCAAUGAAGGUAAUGAAUUGCUUACCUCAGCUCCCUGAACCACAGCUGGAAGGCCAAAAUAAGUGGAGCUUUUCGUUUACAAACUUUAUAAGUGAGUGUCUUAAAAAGAAUCCUUUUGAAAGAGCGACCGCAUCUAUGCUAAAAAAGCAUACAUUUAUAAGAAACGCGUGCACAAUACAUGAAUUUAAGCAGUUUUUAUUAGAAUGGGAUUGUUUGCGAAGUGAAAUGGCUCAAGAGGCAUGUAAUAAUUAA